AUGGAGGUGCGGGGCAGGCCGGGAUGCGGGGCGGGGGGAGCCGUUGCGGGGGGUGAGUCAGAGAGUGAGCAGAGUGAACCGGAGAGUGAACCAGAGAGUGAACCGGAGAGUGAAGAUUCGGACAGUUCUUAUGACUCUAUAGAUGAGGAUGCGCUGAUAGAGGGUAUAGACCCUGUUCUGGACCGUGAUUUUAAGGUUGAGGACACCAAUGAAGAAUGGAAGCCAAGUCCAGAACAACAAGGAACAUUACCUGGGUUGUCACCUUUGCCAGUGAAGAAACGUAGGAUUACAGAACUGUCACCUGCAUCAACGUCUUCUCAUCUUCUCUCUGAGAGCUCCAGCCCUACCUCUGGAUCAUCUUCAGUUGAAGAUGAUAAGGGAGAAACUUGGCAUGACAUUUCGGAAGACGACGAACAGCCUGAUAUCCCUAAGUUCUAUCCAAAGCGCUGUCCAGGCUCUCAGCUUGCCCCAAAUGCUGCGUACUCUCCCCUUGAAUUAUUUCAGAUUUUCAUGUCCGAGUCAGUUGUCGGAACGAUCGUUGCAAAUACAAAUGCAUUCGCUAGAAAAAGAGCUCAGGCUGUGAAACAGUUUGAUUGGUUUCCUCUCACAGUUCAAGAGUUUUACACCUACAUAGGCAUUGUCAUAUUUGCGAGUUUGAUGCAGCUGAAAACUCUUAAUGACUACUGGAGCGAGAAAGCGAUUUAUAGCCUGCCCUUUCCCCGUUCUGUCAUUUCCAAAAAGAGGUUUCUGGCAAUAACCUGGAACCUCCAUCUGUGUGAUCCAGAGAAGGUUGAGGAGAACAAGAGUCGAAAAGGAGGCGCAGGAUAUGACCGCCUGUUCAAAAUAAAGCCUUUAUAUACAAGUCUGCUGCUAGCAUGCCAGACAUGCUUCCAACCAAAGCGUGAACUAAGGGUUGUCAAAAAGAUUGUGUCUUCCAGUUCCUGCAUUGGACCCAAGUCAACAAAACAUGGCUACGGCUACAAGCUCUUCAUUCUUGUGGAUUCUGCCACUGGGUACAGCUGGAACUUCUUUGUCUACAAUGGUUCGUCAUUCAAGAAAACUGGCAAAGGGCUAGGCUAUGAUCUGGUCACAGAACUCGUCAGGAACUCUUUGCUUGGCACGGGUUAUAAACUGUACCUGGACCAAUUUUAUACAAGCCCCGCCCUUUUGUCAGAUCUGUAUGCUAAAGAGAUGCUUGCCUGUGGUAUGAUCCCUACAAACCGACUGGGCUUUCCAAGGGCAAAGCUUAAUGACAUUCCGGCGAAUGCCGCAAGAGGAACGAUCCGCUGGACAAGACGUGGCGAGCUCCUGUUCGUCAAAUGGAAGGACACCAGAGAAGUGGCCAUUUGCACCAAUUUUCACAAAGCAUACAAUGAAGACACAAUCAACAAGAGGGUCAAAGACAACCAGGGUGUCUUGCAGAAGAGGCAGGUCCCUAUUCCAUGUGCAUUCAAAGAUUACAACACAGUCAUGGACAGAGAGGUUCACUCAGAUGCCUUGCUCAGGUACAACAAUGCGCUUCACCAAACCAAAAGGUGGUACAUGACUUUCUUUUACCACUUUAUCGACAUUGCAGUGGAGAACAGCUUCAUAUUGCAUAAAGAGUUGGCCAAGCAGAACGGUAAGGAUGCAUUGACGAGCAAGCACUUCAGAGAAGCACUCGUGACGGACUUGACCAAAGUCUGCACUCGGUCGGCUCCUCUUUCACAACGUUCGGUGGAGAAUGAAUGCUACCCAUCGUUUUUCACAGAAGACCCCAGUGCUGGGAGAAGAGUCUGCGCUUUGUGCAAACUAAACAACAAAACAAUGAAGACUCCCGCUUACUGCAUGAAGUGCCAAGUGCCGCUAUGCCUGAUGCCCAAACGCAACUGUUUCCUUCAGUGGCACCAGGAGGGUUUUCAGUAUGGAGUGUAGCUAGUAGAGUUACAGCGAUAACCAGUAUACCAUGGUACGAAUCUUUAUGGUGAUCUUACAUUAAAUGUUAUUUAAUUUAUUUCUAAAGAGAGAGAUCACAUUUUUACAUUUUAUUUAUUUUAAAUUAAGGAACAGCUUUAUUAUUUUACUUAAAGUAAAAAAGUAUAGACUGCACAUUGAAUAGACCUCUCACAGUCAACGUCACUAGACCCUUCAUAGUCAACACAAUUAGACCCUUCACAGUUAGCACAACUGUACCCCUCACAGUUAACAUGACCAGACCCUUGACACAGUCAACGUGACUAACCCACUCAUAGUCAACAAGACUUAACCCCUUACAUAACUGUACAAUACUGUAUACCAAAAAACAUAUUUAUAUACAGUAUUUAUUACACAAUGACAAUAUCGUACCAUUACAAGCAUAGUAACUAAUGCACCAUUACAUUCCUAUUGAUCUUAUUCAUCAAAUGGUGCAAAUCUUUUUGUAUUUAAUAUGACUUUUUGUUACAAAAUAAAGCUUUCUUUCCAUUUUUCAUUCAAAUGCCUGUACAUCUUUACAUUGUUUUUUUUUUUUAGGAUUUUCUGCAGCUUUUAAAGAAGGGGGUGUUUUUCACAAAGCAGCGAUUCUCGUUUCGCCAGCUAACUUUAACGCAAGCCCUUUCAAAUUGGACAGGUUAUAAACAGGGCAUAAUCUAUCUGGCUGAUUUCCACAAUUUGGUUUUAUAGUAGUUUAUUGUUUUUUGUCCUGAGUACAUGGAGAAAGUUACUGACUUUAAACAGUUUACAUAGAUUUUUUAGGGAAAACAAUUGAGGGAGCUUUUAUACUCAUUAGGUCUUUUAAGUCUUUUGGCGUUGGGUUAGUUGAGAUAAUUGCGCUUAGGUCGGAUAAACAGAGAUUUAAACACGCUCUAAGAAUAGCACAGCCAAAACAACAAACCUGUCCAACAAAUGCAUCACUUAAUGUAAGAUGAUAGAUGAUGUUAUUAUAAUAUAAUUUGUAAGUUUU